UCUGUGCUGCUCACCAGCAUCAGAAAGAAAGAGAACCCAAGCCUACCUGACAUUCACAUCCUUCUUUCCUCAGCCGCUUGCCAGGCCUUCAGAAAGCACAGCAUGCAGUUUUUUAGGGCUUUACAUGAAACUGGAUUAUUGCCCUGCAUUUCUGACAAGUUGCCUGCAUAACCCUCAGUCUAACAACACUUGCCUUGAUGUGAAGAGACUGCCCCUAUCCAGCCCAGUGAGGCUUUUUGCAUAUGCUCAUUAAUGGCUUUUGCUGUAUUCUGCUUUUCCCUCUGAAAACAUCUUUGACAGUAAACUAACUGUAAACUAACUGUGAAUGCCAAAGAGAUAAUAGAUAAUUAGUCAAGGGGUAAUUUGGAGACUAACUGUGAGAAAAAAUGGAUUGCAUAGUAGAUAUGCUCCACUAAUGAGUAUUUUGAUCUUCAUUAACAGAAAGAUAAUGACCUUAAACUAUGUUUAAGGGAUCUUCCAAAAGCAUACACAUGGGGUGACAAUUUCCCAGGAAGCACAGGAAGCAGGACUGCAUCCAAAGCAGGACUGCACCCAUUCUUCAAGCAGCCUGGGCAGCACUUCUGAGCUUGGAGAACUGCUGAGCAGAAUUUCACCACUUAAUUCUUCCUGCCAGACACAGAGGGGAGCAGCCAGGAGACACCCCGGCCAUAGAGGUGCCACAAGCCUCAGAGUUCAGUAAAAAAGAGGCAUUUUUCGCAAAGUGGUAUCUCAGAGGGGUGGAUAAAUACUUACAUAUAUUUGUAAGUAUUUAAAUACUCAACCUAUGUCCAUUCACAGCUCUGCCUUGGUAACACCCACUGGAGUUUGUGAACACAGCCCACAGCUUAACCAGUGUCAAAGAACUGAGACUAAAGUGCCCUCUAGUUAAGCUCCUCUCACAUCUGAGUUUAAAGGACACUGCAUAGCAAUUUUGUGGGUCUCCAGACUUAAGUUACAGCAGUCACUACAUUGCUUCCAUCAGUCAUUUCUAGGCCAUUACACCAAAUCCUAACUUGUUUUGUUUUUAUGUCUCUUGCAGAAAGGAAACCUCUAAGCUCUGCCCCUGUACCAUUAAUUAUUGUCCUCUACAAGAUCUGGAAAACAUGAAGGCUGUAGCUCUCUUCAUUUGUCUUGUAGGACCAGUUUUUGCUAUUCCAACCCAUCCUGCAAACCACAAGCUCAGAACUCACAGACAGAAAACUCCAGAAAAGAGUGAAUAUAUUCAUCCUGAAGCCUCAAAGGAAGAGAACUCAGGGUAUGUAGACAAGGGUGAUUUGCUGCCCAGUUACAGAAACUUCAAACCAGAGGUGCCAGUAGCAGGCACUGAAGACAGGGAUGAGCCCCAGACCAUCAGGAAACAGGGAAGAGCUGGGAGCGAGCAUCAGGUGAAAACCAGCCUGAAAAGCAUUGAUUUCCUUGCGCUGCACAACAAACUGGGUUUGGCUUCUGAGAACCAGGACAGUGACUCUGGGAGCAGUGGCAGGGAGCAGCCCAGCUCUGAGCACGAGCAGCUCAGGAAGCACGAGAGAAGUGGGAACACAGCAAGCCAACACCUCCCAGGCCACCCAGAACACCCAGGGGGUGCUUUCAGCCCCCAGCAGCAGCAUAACAUGUGGAAAUAUAACAAAAAUGCUGUUGGCCUGGCUGAAAAAAACAGUGAGAGCGAGGAAGAGGAAAUCAUGGAAGAAGAGGAUGAGGAAUGGGGUGAAGAAAGUGAUUACAGAGAUGCAAAGCACAAAGGCCAUCGGACACGUCAAGGUGACCGAUACAAAAGACGGCAGCAUGAGCACAGCAUGCAGUCAGAUGAGCUCCUGAGAGAUUCCAGCCAACCAACCUGGAAAACCAAGAGACACAGCGAGAAAUCUGACCUAGAGGAAGAAGAGAAGGAGAACAGGAAGAAGUCCUAUAAAGAAGAAAGCCCCCUCUCUCAAAAAACCCGUGAUGACUAUCAGGAUGGCAAGCAGCAAAGUCAGGAGGGAAAAGACAAUAUUCGAGUGAACUAUCAGAGGGAUCAUGACACAGUGCUGAAAAUACAAGAUAGGGAAGACAGCAGUGAUGAUGAUGAUGGUCAUGACAGUGGUGACACUGAUGGUGAGGAAUUGCUCAGCAAUACCUGGAAGGAAGCAGCCUAUGAGGAAGGGGAGAGAAUCCAGAGUAAUGACCAGGAGAGCACCAGCACUGAGCCUGAAGAGGAAGGAACCACUGGAGAUGACCCUGCAGUUCAUAGAGAGACUGAGGAUGACCAAAUUGUCAAGAUUAAAGACCUUGCUCACUCUGAACAAGAUAUUGAUGAUCAUGAGCCACCUGACUCUGACAACAAGCAACAACUGAAAAUGAGGAGCUCUGUUCAGAACGUGAAUUCAAUGGACAGUGAAGAACAGGUUAAGACUACAGGCAGUUCCCAUGGUGAGAUGGAAAGUGGCAGCAGCAGGAAUGAGGAGGCUCUCCUUGGAUUGCCAGACACAUGUCGGAAUUUCCACUGCAAGAGAGGCAAAGUCUGCCACACAGACCAGCAAGGGAAACCCCACUGCAUUUGCCAAGACCCUGCUGCUUGCCCUCCCACCAAAGACUAUGAGCAUGUUUGUGGUACGGAUAACAAGACUUAUGAUGGCACAUGUCAACUCUUUGGCACCAAAUGUCAACUGGAAGGGACAAAAAUGGGACGCCAGCUGCACCUAGACUAUAUGGGUUCCUGCAAAUACAUCCCCCCCUGCACUGAUUAUGAAGUGGAUCAGUUUCCCCUCCGGAUGCGAGACUGGCUUAAGAACAUCCUUAUUCAAUAUUAUGAACGGGACCUCAACACUUCCGGGAUUCUGACUGAAAAGCAAAGGAAUAAGGUCAAAAAGAUCUACCAGAACGACAAGCGCCUUGUGGCUGGUGACCACCCGGUUGAGCUGCUCCUGCACGACUUUGAGAAAAAUUACCACAUGUACGUGUAUCCUGUGCACUGGCAGUUUCACCAGCUUGACCAGCACCCUGUUGACAGAUUGCUAACACACUCGGAGCUUGCACCCCUGAGAGCCUCCCUUGUUCCCAUGGAACACUGCAUAACUCGUUUCUUCCAAGAGUGCGAUGGAGACCGGGACAAACUCAUCGCCUUGAAGGAAUGGUGCCACUGCUUUGGGAUUAAGGAAGAGGAUGUAAAUGAAAAUCUCCUUUUCUGAGCCCAGCUGAACAGACUCCCAGCACUGCAUUAAAACUGGUGAAUCCUGGUUACUUCUGUAAUUAACAGCUUAACAGCUUUCAAGAAAAAGGUGGGAUAAGGUUCACUGAAUUCUUAUCAAACAACCCAAGUGCAGAAAAUUUCCUUAUUCAUUAAAAGCAGAAAAAUUUAACUAUUUCAAAUGGUUCAUAGCUAAACAACCAGUGUUUCCCCCCACAUGUAUCCAUGAUCUUUCUGAACCAAUAAAUAUUACUAACCUAAUGACUAAGCUGUUCACAAAACUCUUCAGUAGAAUUAUAGAAUGUAGAUUUUAUCACCCAUUAAAAUGGGGUUUGUUUCCUUUAUUUACUGUAUUGUCAGCUUAACACUCUGCAUAGAAGUCUCAAAUAAAAUAGAAGUCUACUUGGAUACAUGGGUUUCAUCACAACUUUGUCAAAGAAAAUUCUGCUUCUUUCACCCUUACCCAUCUUUUGUUCUCCUCAUGAGAGUCAUAAUUUAAGCAUAAAAAACCCCAGGACAGGAUGAGAUUAUUCCUGAAUCCACAUAAAUUUGUGAUUUUAAGGUAAGCACUUCACUGAAAACACUCCAGGCAUGUUCUGCUUUAAGGAAAAAGUCCCAAAUGCUAUUCCUAAAAAGGAUGAUCAGCAAACACCUUUCACCUUUCAUGUCACCUCUCCAAAAGAAAGAAGAUGGGAGUCAGAAAUGCUAUUUUGGUGGCUUAAAUAGAGGAAGUCCCAUCAUCCCCUGGUAAUUUGUUCCUGAACCAGCAAAGGCAGGUAAUCUUAGUCCAACGCCAGCCUGAUGCCCUGGGAUAAAAUGAAAUAAGCUAUGAUUCUUUUCAACACAAGAAUUUCUUACACAAGCCAGAGAUUACUUCCCAGCAAAACCAGUUCCACUGCCAGUUUUGUUUUUUUCCCAUAGUCCAGACUUGUUGCUCACUUCACAUUCUGCAACAUCACACAGCAGUGUGUAAAUAACUCAACCUGGAUGGCAAGUACCAAAGCACAUUCUCUAUGCUAGCUCCAUUUGGAAAAGAUCCUUUCUCUGAGACUUCAAAUGUCUUGGGGGAGAAAGUAAUUUUGACAGCACUUUUCCAGUCUGGCUGCAGCCUAUUGCUUAUUUGCUCUUCCUGCUUUUUGUCCAACCCACACAGAGCUGGGUGGCAGAAAGAACAGCUCUCAAACUGCACAGCUGGCCUCAGAAGGUAAUGACUUUAAUCCACAAGUUCCCAUUUCUUCAGGAAAAAUAAUUUAUGCUGCCUCUCAGUUUCCAGCUUCAGUACUCUCAGUAUUAUCACCCAAGUACUCUUCCAAUUGCUACAGUCAGAAUAUCUACAGUAAAAAAACAAACAACAAAUAUUCCUUUCAUAACACAUUUCCACUGCCAAGCCUGUCAACCUUCCAAGGAUUAGUAGGGGGUGCUAUUAAAAAAAAAACAAAAACAACACGUUGUUUUUAUCAGCUGAGAAGUAAGCUAAUAACCCAAAAUAUCUGAAGGAGGCAUGAUUCAUGACAUUUUGUGUUUUUCUGAUGCAAGCCAGAAUAUUAAGAACUGUAUAGAGAGAGUGCAGAUCCACAUCUCAACUCCAUAAAGAAGGGUCUGCUCUUGUGGGUCGUGCUUUGAAAACCCAGCUACACUGCUGGGAGUCUGCUCUGCAUAAUGUAUCACAUCACAGAAGAAAUCAGAAGAGUAAGGAUUGAAAGAAAAAUUAAUACCUCUUGGCAUUACAUUUUCACUUGAAAGGAACAUACUAAUAACUCUGCAAGAUUCCCAGGGCUUCCUGCAUAAACAUCCAUGACUCCUCCAGGUUUCACUAGCUAAUUGGGAGGAGAGGUAGGGUUGAAAAGGAGGAAAGUCCUAAACCCAUUCAUUAAUUAAGCAGGAUAUGGAUAAAGUUUCAACAGCGCAUGAGUGUGUCUCAAUAAUGUUUCAAAAGGUAAUUCCAGACCAUGAUGUUUAUCAUCACCUUACUUCAACACAUGGAUCAAAAUUCCCAGAGUCCUCAGGUCUCAAUAUCAGCUUUCAGUUGUCACUGUCACCAACUCCUGACAUAACUGACAGCAAUUGAUUAAAAACACAGGGGGAAAUGUCAGCAACUGUUGUGCAGCCCCUGUUAGCAGCAUAAAUGCCACAGAAGGCCCCAUCAGCCUCCUGACUGCAAGUUACAUCACCUGAGGGGUAAGAAACCAGUACAAUUUACAAGAUUAUACUUUAAGGCUGCUCUUUUUAUGCUGCAGUCUCAGCAACAGCUGUACUGCCAUAAGCUAUGGGAAGAAAAGGAACCUCAAAAUUCAGCUCCACAAAUCAGUCACCAAGUUUCAUCUAACAACAGUUUUCUUCUGACACAGGGGUACAGUCAUAUA